AUGCUGCGACGCUUCAUUUUUCACACGCUAGUCUUCCCUCCUGCGCCGUUGCCAGCGGUGCACCGGAUAAUAUACUGUCGAGGGCAUAGCAGCAGUGCCACUGGCGACGAGGUCCAGGCUGCACGCGCCUGGCUCGCGGAGCUCCAUGCAGAGACGAUCCCUUUCAAGAGCAUUGGCGAAUUGAGCUUCAGCAGAUCAUCAGGACCGGGCGGUCAAAAUGUAAACAAAUCCAAUGCUAUAAUAGUCCAGGCCGACGACAGUCGAAAGCAGAGCGACAAUGCUCAGAGCUGCUACAGGCGCAUAUACGAGGCCAUUGCCCGAGCCGGACAAGAUGCUGUGCCCGCCGAGACGUCGGCAGCACAGGUGCAGCGUGUCAAACAACUACAGAAGGCAGAUAACGAGCGCCGCCUCAAGAGCAAGAAGCAGCAGAGCGCUAAGAAGACGUCGCGACGAAGCCGGGGUGACGAGUGA